AUGCAGCGGGGACUGGCGACCAAGCUGCUUUCGCGCGCUGUAGCAGCCACCAUGGGGCAGGCAGCCCGCCCUUCAUUUGCUGCGGAGGCUGCUCUAUGUCGCACCGCAGCGCCGCCGAACCCCAGCCACGCUCUGCGCUCGUUGGGUUCUGUCGCGGAUUCCAGCGACUCUGCGCCUAAUGGAUUCGCAGCUAUUGCUGGGGCUGCAGCGCUCGCUGGUGCGGUUGGACUGACUAUUGAUGCGGCGCAAUCGGAAGCGGCUCCUGACAAGAAGCAGGAAAAGUACGCUGAGGCGGUGGAUACCAUUCGCCAGCAGGUAUCGGAGUUCCGUACAACACUCAAGAGCUCGGAGACGCGCAUCCCGAAGGCCUUUCCGAUCAAAAAGAUUGGCAUUUCCAGGAUCCGCGCGCCGAACGGCGUGUCGACGAUCCGAAUUGAGUUCGCAUGCCCGUCGUUCGUCGACCAAGAAGCAAUCCUGGGUCGGUUCUUGCUGCAGCUGCAGAAGGCGGCGGCGCCUGGAUCUGGUCAAGCUGUGGAGGUGAUGCCCGUGCCGCUGGACAACAACGCGAAGAAGUCUGUCGUGGAGUCCUAUGAGCAGCCUGCUGUCACCUACUUGUACGCAAACGGGUCUGGGUCCUUCCAGUUCUUACGCGACACGUCGUCGUUGCAAGCAACGUCGAAGUUUGUGUUCUACAAGGAUGAAUUCCUUACGCAAGGCGAGAUUGAUGCCGUUGUUGGUGCGUACAAGGAGAUUUACUCGUAUGCGAAUGUGAACGCGUUCUUCCGCCACGACCUUGAACAGCGUCGUAAGAAUGCACUCGUCGGACGCGGGCGAAACCCAACGACAGCGACAUCGGCACCCCUGGACAGCAAGGAAGAAGCGAUCCAGCAGCUUCAAGGUCUUGGCAUCGACGUAUUCGAGCCCACGCAGAACGAAAACAGUUUGACCUGGGAUAGUCUGGCUGGCUACGAGAAGGUCAAAUUGGAGAUCGAAGACACUGUUGUGUUGGCGCUUCAAAACCCUGAGCUAUACGAGCGAAUCGCUCAGAAAACUCGCUGUCGCUACGAGAGCAACCGGCCGCGCGCGGUCUUAUUCGAAGGCCCACCUGGUACUGGAAAAACUCUGAGCGCACGAAUCAUUGCGCAGCAGGCUGGAAUUCCAAUGAUUCACAUUCCGAUCGAAAGCGUGGUAUCGAAGUGGUACGGCGAUAGUGAGAAGAAGAUGUCGGCAAUCUUUGAUGCGUGCGAAAAGCUGGAUGGUGCCAUUAUUUUCAUUGACGAGAUUGAUGCACUUGCUGGAGACCGCUCGGGUGGUACGAUGCACGAAGCUUCUCGUCGAAUUCUGUCUGUGCUGUUACAGAAGGUGGAGGGAUUCGCCUCUGCUAAAAAGACCACAGUCGUGUGUGCCACGAAUCGCAAGCAGGAUCUGGACGCCGCGUUGAUUAGCCGGUUCGAUCUCUCCAUUCGCUACAACCUACCUGACGAGAAGACUCGGCGCGCUGUUUUUGCUCGCUAUGCUAAGCAGCUAUCAGACGAUGAACUCGGCCAGCUAGCCACCAUUUCUCCGCAACUUUCGUGCCGAGAUAUCAAAGAGAUUUGUGAAUACGCAGAACGCAAGUGGGCCUCAAAGGUCCUGAAAAAGGAGGAAACGACGGAGCUUCCAACUUUGAAAACCUACAUGGAGGCCGUAAAGACGCACAUGGGUGGGCUAUCCAGCCAUGACUCUCAGCCUGAUGUGUACGAGGCGUAG